AUGACGGUCACCUACACGGCAAGAGUUGCCAACGCGCGAUUCUGUGGCUUCUCCAAGCUGCUCCUGGUGUGGAAAGGGAGCAUCUACAAGGUGCUGUACAAAGAGUUCCUGGCAUUCUUUGCCAUGUACACUGCCAUCAGCCUCACGUACAGAUUUUUCCUCUAUGAUGACCAGAAGAGGUAUUUUGAAAAACUGGCAAUUUAUUGCAAUCACUAUGCCAGUCUCAUCCCCAUGUCCUUUGUGCUGGGUUUCUAUGUGACCCUGGUGGUGAACCGGUGGUGGAGCCAGUACACCAGCAUUCCUCUCCCAGACAGGCUCAUGUGUGUGUUGUCGGGGGGCCUCCAGGGGAGCGAUGAGCGAGGCCGCCUGCUGAGACGCACCAUGAUGCGCUACGCCAGCCUGUCGGCCCUGCUCAUCCUCCGUUCUGUCAGCACGGCUGUCUUCAAGCGAUUCCCCACCAUGGACCAUGUGGUGGAGGCUGGAUUCAUGACGAGAGAGGAAAGAAAGAAGUUUGAGGGUCUUCACUCUCCGUAUAACAAAUACUGGAUCCCAUGUGUUUGGUUCACCAACCUGGCUGCUGUGGCCCGCUGUGAGGGCAGGAUCAAAGAUGAUCACACACUCAAACUGCUGCUUGAGGAGCUGAAUGCGUUCAGGGGGAAGUGCAGCAUGUUGUUUCAUUAUGACAUGAUCAGUGUUCCCCUGGUCUACACUCAGGUGGUGACUUUGGCCGUGUACAGUUUUUUCCUGGUGUGUCUGAUUGGUCGUCAGUUCCUGGACCCAAGUCAAGGUUAUCCAGGUCACGACCUCGACCUCUACGUGCCGAUCUUUACCUUGCUCCAGUUCUUCUUUUAUGCUGGGUGGCUGAAGGUUGCAGAACAGUUGAUCAACCCCUUCGGAGAAGAUGAUGAUGACUUUGAGACUAACUGGCUGAUAGACAGAAAUUUCCAGGUGUCCAUGAUGGCCGUGGACGAGAUGUUUGGAGAUCUGCCGAAGAUGGAGAGAGACCGCUACUGGAACGACUCCAACCCCCGGCCACCGUACACCGCUGCCACUCUCUUUGUCCUGCGCAAACCCUCCUUCCAGGGGUCCACUUUCGACAUGGCGAUCCCAAAGGAGGAGAUGCACUUCCAGCCUCUGGAGGAAAUUGCUGAGAACUUGGAGGAGUCAGGCAGUCGUCACCCCAACAUUGCCCUCUUUAACCGCCUCCUUAACACAGCUCCGUCCCCGUCUGGCUUCAUGGGAGGUGCUCUUCGCCGCACGUCAGCCCAGCUCCAAAGGUUACGCCACUCCCCCAGCAUUGACCAGUGCACCAGCGAUGAUGAUGAUGAAGAUGAAAGUUGCAAAAUGGGCAAAGGGGGUUCUCUACCAUCAGGGCUGGGGAAGGAAACCCAGAGCACUGUGUGCAGUUUCCGGGAGGAGAAGAGCCCCAGAACACCUCUGCUGGAGAUCCAGUUUGGGGCGGAGCACGAGAGACAAGGAGGGCACCUUACUGUCAGUGAGAAGGAGAAGGAGGAGGUGAGUCGAGUCCAGGGGAUGAGUGAUGCAGAGUGGCAGACAAGGGAGGAAGGACGGGAAGCAGAAAGUACAUGGUGGGAGGCACAAGCUCCAGUGUCAGUGCUUCCCCAUCCCCCCCAGUCCCCCAUAGAGACAUCCACACGACCAGUCUCCGCCAUUCGCAUCACUUCCUGUCACACCUCUGCCUUCCUGUUUCAGUCCACUGCCCACUCCAAUCUGGAGCACUGCAGCUCCCAGCCAGCUAUCAACCAGAGCAGAGCUGUGCCAACAAUUUCUAAACCCCCCUUUCAUGGGAAAAAAAUGUCCUUCCUCGCUGUGCCGUCUCACAACGAACCUCAGCGUUUUCGCAGUGUGAGCAUUGGGUCAGAGCUCACUGGAUCUUAGGUCGACUGUUUGGAACUGUAAUGCUAGAUUCAGAGCACGUUUUCACGCGUCAAAUUAGUCAUAGCCUGGAAGUGUGCUUUCACUUUUACCUUGAGUCUAAAGCACCUUUGGGAUCACAUAGUUUUUGGUUAUUAGACUCUUGGAGAUAUAAUCCUUGAUUUAAUUUCAGAAUACAAUAUUUUUAAAUACCAGGGGGAAUUGGAGUAUAUUUAAAGGAGGGGGGAAACCCCUUGAUUUAAUUGUCUUAUUAAGAUGUUGUAUCAUGGGUUCACCUGGGUUUAGUUCAGCUUUAGUCUAUGAAGGCAACAACUUCACCAUCAGAUGGGACUGAGGAGGUGUAAUUGGCAGCUAGCUUAGUAAAUACACUAACUGCUCUUUAAGCUAAUUAGUUUCACUUAUGCAUUCGUUAAAAAAAGAAAAUGCAACAUGACAGAGUUACUGUAAAGCACCUUUGACAGAACUGGGAUAGCUGUUCCCUUUUUUUAGCCUUUGUGCUAAGCUAAUGUAAACUAAGCUAAGCUAAGCAACUCAAAGGUGUGUAUAAAGAAAACUUAUUUCUUUGCUUAAGUUAUCUGCACAAUAUACAGUAGGGUUUGUUCCAACUGCAAGUAUGUGCUACUAUUUUAGCUUUAACUCAAGUUUGAAAAGAAUAGUGCUAAACAGACAGAAUUUCACAGAGUUUUCUCUUUAUUCACCCUGAUUAUUAAAAAACUGUAAACAGAAUUAUUUAUAGUGCAUUUUUUAUGUAUUUGACAUUUGAAUGAAACAACUACAGUUUUACAUUAAUGGCAUGAAAGGAAUACAAGUUAUUGUUUAUGCAUUAUUUCAUAAUGCAAUGUAAUGUAUCUUAACUGCAAAAAAUAAAUGCGUGAAUAUGAAACAAUGGGGAAUUAAAACAGACAAUCUGGUGAUUAUUUACAAGA